GAGAUGUUCUGAAUCGAACAGAUGACAGUGGUAGAGAGCGGCAGGAAAUACGCGCUCUUGUACAGAUGCCUCGCGGGAAUGAAAAUAAUUCGUCCAUUUACAGUAGUCAAUUCCGGAUGCCAGCCUGAAAAUUAAUUAAGUGUCUGAGUUACCUGGGAAAACAGUGCUGAGCAAACACAAGGAUGAUUAUCACCACCACAGUUACAUGCAUGGAGAAGACACUCCAGGCCAGGAACGGAACAAACGCAUAGGCAUAGAUCCUAAUGCUUACUGAGAUAAGGUGCCGUAGUGUCCUGUCCUGAGGCUCAGUCAGCUGCUGAGGUUAAGCAUCAAUGAAUGCCACCUCAGACCUUCGAUACAGAGAAAUUCCAUGAUCCAUCUCCUGUCGUCUGUGAGAGGCUGAAAUCAUUAGAUUACCCUGUGCCGCCGUGAGGCCAGGCAGUAGGGAAAAUGAUGAGUAAGAAUGACGGAGAAAAGUGAACUGUCACUCUGUAAAUCCCUCAGCCUGGAAACAUACUGGGAAAACCGCCUUAGUUGUUCAUUCAAAGAAUUGGGACAUUUCUAUUUUCUCUCUCAUUUCAGCAUUUUAAAUGACAGUUUAAGUCACAGAGCCCUUUGGACUUUUCUGCUGCUGUGUCUGAAGGAUGCCCUACUGGGAUCUGAGAUCAAGCCGGGGGUGUAAUUGAAAAGGGAAUGCUUUUGAGGCCAAGCCAUGUUCAUUGUAUUUUAGUUUACCCACCCCCUUAUCUCAGCUGUGAAGAGGGACGAUUCUCUUAUAAGUUACCCGAAACCACAGAGACAGUGGUGGGGAAAAAGGGUGGGAUAGAGUGAAAGGAGGAAAAGGAGGGGUGAGAAGAACAGUGAGCAGAGUGUGAGGUAGAGAGCGUACACAAAACCCAGACACUGGGUGACUCCUGUAACCAAGGACGAAGAUAGCAACGCAUCACAACGCCACUCUCGCCCACUGGACAUUCUAAAGAAAGGAGAAGCGAACACUCAGACUCAGAUAGUCAGCAGUCUCGCAUUAUUCAGUCCUGAGCCCCUGGGGUUGGAGUGGCUGCCCUGGAGGGCUGAAGUCUUGACACAUCCAGAGUGGACUGCACAGAACACAAGCCUGAUGUGGGUGGAUUGAGUUCGAUCCUCUUUCAGAGUUGACUGUUUCAGUGGUAUAAUUGUAUUUCUUUCCUCUACUGGCCCAUAUUUGCAUCUGUUUGACUAGCGAGGUCUGGACUGAGAGGGUUUUUCAGUUAGUGGGUGUCAAGGUGGAGCAGGAGGAGGUGUGGAGGAGUAACUCAAGGCAGUAAGGAGAAAGGUACAGACCAUGGGCAAAUCGAACAGCAAGCUCAAGCAGGAGGUGGUGGAGGAACUGACCAGGAAGACUUACUUUACAGAGAAAGAGGUGCAACAGUGAGUCAAGGAUUGGUGCUAUUGUAGAGGAUGUACAAAGGCUUUAUAAAGGACUGUCCAAGUGGUCAGCUGGAUGCGGUGGGCUUUCAGAACAUCUACAAGCAGUUCUUCCCUUUUGGUGACCCCACCAAGUUUGCUUCUUUUGUCUUCAACGUCUUUGAUGAAAACAAGGAUGGACGCAUAGAGUUCUCUGAGUUCAUCCAGGCCCUGUCGGUGACCUCUCGGGGGACGCUGGACGAGAAGCUCAGAUGGGCUUUCAAAUUGUAUGAUCUUGAUAACGAUGGCUACAUCACACGAGACGAGAUGUUAAACAUCGUAGAUGCCAUAUAUCUGAUGGUGGGGAACACUGUAGAGUUACCAGAAGAAGAGAAUACACCUGAGAAGAGAGUGGACCGUAUUUUUGCCAUGAUGGACAAGAAUGCUGAUGGCAAGUUGACCCUGCAGGAGUUUCAGGAGGGUUCCAAGGCAGACCCCUCCAUUGUGCAGGCACUGUCACUGUACGAUGGGCUGGUAUAAGGCAUAAAGUGUUUGAUUCCCAAGUGAAUCUAACACAGUGCCAUCACACCUGCUAUGAGAAGAAGCAUCUACAAACAUCAACAUCCCUCCAUGCACCAUCCAGAAGGAGACGUGGGAGGGUGAGGAGGCGGGCACAGACUUGUGUAAUACUGUCCUCAAUUGCACAUAUCCAUCUCCACUAAGCAUUGAAAACAACUCGGAGCCCUCUGAUAUUACAACAUGUGAAAUAAAACAAGGGCAAGAGGGUAAGAGACACUGAACGUAACAUGCGAGGAAGGAAUUUGUUGAUGGUAUAUGUCUGUGGACUUCAUUCAAGAACUCAAACAAGGGAUGGACAGCACUGAAGAGCAGCUUUAGAGAGAGUCUAAAGGUUGUUUUUCCCUGUGGUCUACACUGGAGGAUACCCCUUGAGGUGUGAGUGAACUGUGAACGGUGCUCAACCCAUAGUGGUGUGACAUGGCUACCUGAAAGACUACAGCGGGAGACAUCAACAGGCACGGAUUUGAGAGUGUAGAGAGAGAUCAACUUGUUUAUAAACCCAUGUACAUAUGAAAUAGUAUACACUGAGUGUACAAAACAUGAGGAACACUUUCCUAAUAUUGCGUUGCACCCCCUUUUGCCCUCAGAACAGCCUCAGUUCUGUUGAGUGUGAAAAACCCAGCAGUGUUGCAGUU